AUGUGGAACGUGUCAGGAACAUACAAAACUCCCACGCGACGCCGUGGCACCCACUCUGGCGGAACGUCUGCACAGUCACAUGGCCGGCCUCCGAGCGCACGCACCGACGCGGCACGGCACCGGGAAGAUAUUCGUCCACGCCGACCUGCAGCGCUGCACGCACGUCAUGUUGCGUACCGACGCAGUACAGCCACCUCUCCGACCGCCCUACAGUGGACCGCACCGCGUGAUCGCCCGAGGAGACAAAACGCUGGUCCUCGAGUGCAACGGAAAGCCCGCGUCAAACCAGCCUACGUCUUGCCCGCUCCAUCAGCCACGCAUUUCUUCGACCGGGCAGAAGAUCUGAUCACGGACGACACGCCCUCUGCCAGCGGUCAGACGGAACCCGCACCCGUAGCCGCCGGUGACGCACAGCUGCAGCCUGCUGUCAUCGCGACGCCACGUGCGCCUCCCACCACCACGCCCGGACCGCCCCACCACAGGCGCACCGGUCGCCCCCACCACAGCCGCCAGCGGACUACGUCACGCGCGCCGGCCGCCGCGUUCGAUUCAAACGGCCGUGCUGCGUCGCCAGUGCGCCACGACACCCAAACCGGCAAUCACGCGCCCGAGCCGCCAAACGCCGUCAGAAUUCGGCGCCCACGAGCCGCCGUCCGCUGUAGAGACCCGACCUCCAGCUGCAAGUGCCUUCGGUCGGUAACUCCAGUCGAGCCCCGGACACCGUCUCCUGCGUUUGUCCCAGCUCCUGGACCCGCGUUCGCGUGUUUUGCCUCCGCCGCGUCGGGCGUUGAGGCCGGAUCGGCACCCGCGCCAGCUUACCGCAUUCGCUUCUCCGUCGAGCUCCGGACAUCGCGCACCACACCGCCCGGCUUGUCCGUAGUAUCUCCCGCACCCGCGUUCGAGUUCCGACGGCAACGCACUCGCGCAAGCGCCUUCGAGACGUCACCACCAAUGACCUGCAACGCGCGCCUUCACGCGCAUCGCUACUGA